AUGAGUCACACUGAAUGUUACAAAUGUGGUAACUGUUUUCUUGUAAAGUCAGAACAUACCAAUCACCAGGAGAUUCACACAGGUGAAAGGCCAGGGUCAUGCUCUGCACGUGGUAAAUAUCUAUACAGGUCACAGCUUGAUGACCACCAGAGCUGUCAUACUGGAGGGAAGCCAUAUUUAUGUCUGGAAUGUGGCAAAUGUUUUCAAACCAGCUCUGUAAUCCCUGAGCACCAAAAAAAUCUAACAAGAAUGAAACAAUUUAAAUGUUCAGAAUGUAACAAUUGCUUCUUACAAAAGGAAAACCUUAAUGAACAUGAGAUGAUUCAUACAGGAGAGAAGCCAUAUCCAUGUUCUGAAUGUGGUAAAUGUUUUCAAAGCGAUGCAGAGUUGAUCCAACAUCAGAGAGUCCAAGCAGAAAAGAAGCUCUGUUCAUAUUCUGAUUAUGGUAAAUACUUUCCACAAAAGUCACUACUUGCCAUCCACCAGAGGUAA